UGGUUGGUAUAAGCUCUCUCUGGUGUGGUUUUUAGUUGUGGAUCUGAAUUCAUCGAUUGUGCAACGCUCGGCGCCAACCAAUCACCCAGGGAAAGUUUGUCAGUGCGUAAUUUAACCGAAUCAUAAAUAGAAAUUCUGUGUACUACGCUUUAAUCAUCAAACAAAUAUCGGUAUUACAUUUAAUUGUACGAAGACUAAAAAUACCCAUCCCCACCACAAGAAAAGCGCCCUUUCCUGUACGUAAACUCAAAGCGGUGAAUCAAACAGGACUAUCGAAGCAGGCCAUUCUGCGAAACACGUGCUAUGGUGCGAGCUUUCGGUGAACAAUAAGAAAGGAAAAGUUUUAUCGAUUCCUAAUGAUGGCGUCGCUGAAAAUGGAUCGUGCAGUGAACUAAAUGCGUUAUCAUCUCUGGUGUACGAUCAGAAAGCCAGUCUCAGUGCGCUUACUAUAUAUUCACGUUCAGUAAUACUUGUUCCCGUGUUCCAGAGUGUGAAAUGUGAAGCAUGAAUGAAGUGGCCUACAGCAUACAAAGACUAUGCGUUGCACAUACAUAGCAAGUUUGUUUUGGCUUUUCGAACUAUGUAUCCCCGCUAGGACGGCCACUAUCAAUUACCAGUAUCAAGAGGGCAUCGAGUAUGAUAAAAACGUAAAGCCAGCAGGUACACUUACAGAUGUAUCCGUUUCGCUCUACAUUAACCGAAUAUCAGGCGUGGAUGAAAACAAGGAAGAAAUUUCCUUCGAUGUCUUCCUUCAAAUUACAUGGGAAGACCUUCGAAUACAGCCUGUGUUUAACAACAAGGUAGGCGAGUAUGUGGAACUGACGAAAGCCGACCGAGAUAUGAUAUGGGUUCCGGAUCUUUACAUUCGACAACUGCGAGAGAUGAAAAUGCUAACCUUAUUCGAGGAAAUAUCCAGCCUACGGUUAUAUGAAAACAGCACCAUCAGCUUGAGCAUAGGAGCAACAAUCAUCAUCAAAUGCGACAUGGACUUUGUGCUGUACCCGCUCGAUGUGCAGAGAUGUCCUGUCGAUUUCAGCAGCUACAAAUAUCCAGUAAAAGAUUUACGGUUCCGCUGGAGAUCCGAAAAUGCCUUAUCCUUCCCCAAUGACUUUGGGGACGGUUUUUUUCGGCUUCCAAAGUAUGUGGUUUCUUUCUACACUGAACAGGAAUCACAGAUAGUCAAUUACAGCGAUGAUAAUCAUAGUUCAGCGAGAUUAGAAAUAACCCUGUCGAGGGAAGUAAAGAGCUAUCUGCUAGAAAACUAUCUUCCAUCCACGUUAUUCGUCUCUAUAUCCUGGGGGUCUUUUGUGGUCGUCCCAGAAAUCGUGCCAGGGCGGAUGGUGCUGCUAGUCACAACACUGCUAUCAUUGAUAACGAUGUUCGAUACAGUGAGGAAUAAUUCACCAGAUGCGCUGGAACUGAAGUGCCUUGAAGUGUGGCUCAUAUCCUGUACUUUGUUUGUGUUCUUUGCACUAAUGGAGUAUUUUAUUGUGCUGUUCGGGAUACGAUACGAUAAGCAUUGGCGUGUGGCCAAAGCUCAGCAUGCCUCAUCAAUACCACCUUCCAUCACACUGCAGUCAGCAGUGACGAUGGCUCAAAGCACGAUGGACACAUCGAUAAAUUCGGCAUCAUUUCAACGCGAAAACGGUCUUGAGCAUGCCACCCUGAAGGUUUCAGGCACUAACAAGAUUCAACCGCACGAUCACAACAGCAAAACAACGUCAGCUUCCCUCAGCAAUAUACAAGACACUGUACAAAGCGCCCAGAAAGUGUCGUCUGUGAUGACCAGAAAAAGGUUUCGGAACGUCGCAGAUGUUGCACUCCUGUAUGCUGGCUCCCAGCGAGGCAGAUUGGAUCAGCUAUCUUUAAUCAUUUUCCCUGUCAGCUUUCUUAUAUUCACCAUAUCCUAUUGGACUAUGUAUUUAACUGAAUCUAAGAAAAAUUUCAAGUAACAUUUUUCCUCGAGUAUUGCUUCAAACAAGCCCUAUAGUUGAUACAGUAAUAAAUUGAAUUGCCUGUUGUAAAUUCAUU